CAUCUCCGCCUCCCCCGAGAAAGCGAAAAACCCUAGUUUCAGAGGCUUCUCCAGAGACCGACAAUGGCGGAAGGACUCAUUUUGAAGGGUACCAUGCGUGCACACACUGACAUGGUGACGGCAAUCGCCACGCCUAUUGAUAACGCAGACAUCAUCGUCUCAGCAUCACGCGACAAAUCGAUCAUCCUAUGGAAACUCACCAAGGACGAUAAGGCCUACGGUGUUGCUCAGAGGCGUCUCACUGGCCACUCCCACUUCGUCGAGGAUGUCGUUCUAUCCUCAGAUGGACAAUUCGCGCUUUCCGGAAGCUGGGACGGCGAGCUCCGCCUUUGGGAUCUCGCCGCCGGUAUCUCCACUCGCAGAUUCGUCGGACACAACAAGGACGUGCUCUCCGUCGCAUUCUCCCUUGACAAUCGUCAGAUCGUCUCGGCGUCGCGUGACCGUACGAUCAAGCUGUGGAACACUCUAGGUGAGUGCAAGUACACGAUCUCCGAAGGAGGCAGUGAGGGACACAAUGAUUGGGUUAGCUGCGUCAGAUUCAGCCCAAACACGCUCCAGCCGACAAUUGUGUCAGCCUCGUGGGACAAAACUGUGAAAGUGUGGAACCUCUCGAACUGUAAGCUGAGGUCGACUCUUGCUGGUCACACCGGAUACGUGAGCACGGUGGCUGUAUCACCCGAUGGUUCUCUCUGUGCGAGCGGAGGCAAAGACGGUGUGGUUUUGCUGUGGGAUUUGGCCGAGGGGAAGAAGCUUUACUCUCUCGAAGCUAACUCUGUGAUCCAUGCUCUCUGCUUCAGCCCCAAUAGGUACUGGCUAUGUGCUGCAACCGAGCAGGGUAUUAAGAUUUGGGAUCUAGAGAGCAAGAGCAUUGUUGAGGACUUGAAGGUUGAUCUCAAAGCCGAGGCCGAGAAGUCAGACGGAAGUGGUACUGCAGCCACCAAAAAGAAGGUUAUUUACUGCACUAGCCUGAACUGGAGUGCGGAUGGAAGCACCUUGUUCAGUGGUUAUACCGAUGGAGUUAUUAGAGUUUGGGGCAUUGGCCGUUACUAGUUAACUCAUCACUGUGCUCUAUAUCCAUCUCUCCUUGGUUGUUUCUAUCUAUCACUUUUUGUUUUAUCAACAAACUCAUAAAGUACCCUGAGAUUUUGGAAGGAUGUUUGGUUUUGUGUCAAUUAUAGGUUUGAAGGAUGUUUGGUUCUAUGUCAAUUUUAGGUCUGUUUCUUUAUCUUCUUUUGAGAUUUUGCGAUUUUAAGCUACUUCCAAUUUGAGGCCAUAUGAUUAUUAUUAA